ACUAGUAUUUAUGAGUCUAUCGCAUUAGGAAUAACGGAAUGAUAAAAAGGGUAUUUUUCCAAAAUAUCAUGCUAUAGGCUGAAAAAUAUGACCACUUCCAAUCUAAAUUAAUUUUGGUUCUGCUGUUUCAUAAGUAGGCUCUUUAUUGUCGUGAUGAGAAUAGCCCGUUUAUGGGAUUUUAAUAUUUGAACUGCCGGCAGCAGACUAUGCUAAAAGUUGAGUGCAGCUAUGCUCUGUAAUUCAAGGUAUUGCAAUCUUCUCAAUCAUGCAAUUUGGAUUUCGCUUCUUAGCUUAUAUUAUGAUGCCUAUGAGAUUUGUUACAGUUGGCAUACUUAAGAUUGUAGACCCGUAAAUUGUGAUUUUAUUUGAUGUAUCUAAAUGAGUGAUAAUUUGGGUCUCUCGUCUCACUGCUCAAAUUAAAUCUUCAUUUGUGGUUCCUGAAAUUGGAUAGUUUUCACAUGCCUUCUGUUUUGCAAGUGGAUGCAUAAGGUAUGCCCUGUUCACACAUUCCAGAUUCAUGAAUCCAAAUAUUAUUUUCUUGAUGUUCCUUCAGGUUAUAUGUUCAGCUGGUGAGUGUUGUCAUGCCUGUGCUGCAAUCUCUUUUUGCUUAUGGUUUUUUGGUAACAACAGUUGAUUUAUUUUCUUGCAUCCUUUUAUGCUUGUUUCCGGCUUUUGUAAGGAUUGAUAUAUAUUUUUUAUGGCAUACUCUUGACAAUAUGCAUAGAUUUUUUUGUCCCCUUUAUGCAGGAGUUCUUCGUUAUCCCUCUCCUUACGCAUCAAUGAUUCGACCAUCAUUUCCUCCACGGCCAUUGAUUGGUGUUAUGCCACUAUUGGCACGUCCUCCGGGUGUUGGAGUUCGUGGCCCAAUCAUUCCUCCUGUUGCUAUGCCAACUGCUAUCCCAGGUGUUGUGCCAGCAGAGAAGCCUCAGACAACUGUUUACGUUGGAAAGAUAUCAUCGACGGUGGAAAAUGAUUUCAUGCUGCCUCUCCUGCAGCUCUGCGGGCCUGUGAAGAAUUGGAAACGUCCUCAAGAUCCCACUGGAACUUUAAAAGGCUUUGGGUUUUGUGAAUUUGAGAAUGCUGAAGGAGUUCUCCGUGCACUGAGACUACUUAAUAAACUGAGUGUCGAUGGACAAGAAUUGAUGUUAAAUGUUAAUCAAGCAACUAGAGAAUAUCUUGAACGUUAUGUAGAAAAGAAAAGUGAAAGUUUGAAGAGCAUUAAAGAAUCAGAAACUGAAGGUGCUGAGAAAGAAACAGUUAGUGCAUCAGAUGCUGAGACGGACGAUAUAUUCAAGUCCUCUGAAGAAUCUCCGAAGCCUUCCUCAGAUGAACAUAAAAGAGACGAGAAUGAAAUGAAUAAGGAAAAACCUGAUGCUGCUAGUUUUGGUCUUGUAACUGAUGAAGACAGGAAAGCAGACCGUGAGGCUCUUGACAAGCUAGCAGGCAUGAUAGAGGAACGGUUGAAGAGCAAGCCACUGCCACCUCCACCACCACCCCCACAAAGACCUGUUGAUGGUCCUGGGAACUCAAACUCAGAACAGCCUUCUGAGUCACGGGAUCGGGAAUCAGAAGAAGAUCUUGCAAAGAAUGACUCAGAAGAGAAAAAUGAAGAUGAGAAGACUGCUGAAAGCAAACCUUCAAGUCAGCAUGACAGGACUGAAACAAAUUCGCCUGAUAGGAGUAGAAGGCAUGAUAGAAACAAAGACCGUGAAACGAAUCGAGAAAAGGAAAGGGAACUUGAAAAAUACGAGCGAGAACGGGAGCAAGAACGAGCUAAGAGGGAGAAGGACAGAGAACACAGGAGUCGAGAGGAUGAACGCAGGUUUAAGGCACACGAAAAAGAGUGGGAAGCUAGGGAGAAAGAGAGAGAGCAUUGGCAGAAGAGAGAGCGAGAAAGAGAGAAAGAGAGGGCUCAGGAAAGGAAGUGGGAAAUUAUGGACCAAGAGCGUGAUGGUGAUGAUGGGUACGGAAAAAAGAGGAAAUACAAGACCAGCGAUGAAGAUAGGAGAAGGAGACAAAGGGAGAAGGAAGAGGACCAGGCCGAUAGAUUAAGAGAGGAAGAAGAGAUUGCAGAAGCUAAGAUGAGGGCCAAGGAAGAACAGAAGAAACAGCUUGAGGCUCUGAAAAUUAUAGCCGAUCAACCAGCUAAUGGACAUGAGAAAGCUAUUUUGCUGAAUGAAACUAAUACUGUUAACCAGGUUAACGUUGAUAUGUUUGACCAUGAACCAAGUCAUGAGACAUAUGAAGCAGGUGAAGGGGUUUCACAGAAUGGCAUCAGUGACGAGUUUGUCGUAUCAUCUAAUUCUGCUUCAGAUGCGCAGCAAAAUAGCAAUUUGCCAGCUAGAAAGUUGGGUUUUGGUCUUUCAGGGUCUGGAAAACGAACUGCAGUCCCUUCUGUUUUCAAGGAGGAUGAGGAUGAAGAUGCACACAAGGAAAAAAAGAUGAGGCCUCUAGUUCCAAUUGAUUACACUGAGGAACAGCAAGUAGUUCAAUCUUCUACGUCGGAAGAUCCAUCUGCAAACAUGGUUGCUGCAGCAGAAUUUGUGAAGCGUAUUUCAACUGCGAAUCCUAAAGAAGAGAAGUCUGAUGUAGAAAAAGAAAAAAACAGGCGUUCUCAUGAGAGAUCGAGUCAUCGAGACCGAAAUAGACAUGAAGAAGACACUACUAGAACCCGCGAGGAGAGUCGAAAGGACAAUUUUGAGAGAGAGAGGUCAAAUAGAACGAAGACACCAGAAAAACCGAAGCUCUUGAAUGCUAAGCAGUUGAUCGACACAAUUCCAAAGUCCAAAGAUGAGUUGUUUUCUUACGAGAUAAAUUGGGUGGUUUAUGAUCAGAAUGCAUUGCACGAGAGAAUGAGACCGUGGGUAUCAAAAAAGAUUACAGAAUUUCUGGGAGAGGAAGAGGUUUCACUUGUGGACUACAUUGUGACUAGCAUUCAGGACCAUGUUGAUGCAGGCGAGAUGCUCGAGAGGCUCCAAAGCAUAUUGGACGACGAAGCUGAGAUGUUUGUGCUGAAGAUGUGGAGAAUGCUCAUAUUCGAGAUCAAGAAAGUGGAGAACGGCAUACUGAAAAGUAAAUAAUUUUUGUUGCUGUUGAGGUAGUUUAUAUUUCCGAAGCACACCAGCCCCCUUUUCCUUUCUUUGUUUUAAAGAUGGAAUCGUUUGCAACCAAUCAUAAUUUUACUAUUUUCAAUCUAUUAGCUCUUAGAUGCAGUUUCAUAAUCAGUGUGUAGAAUCAUGUUGUAAUCAUCCUAUUUCAUGCAAGAACAAUAGAAGAAUUCUUCUUUCUUUUCUCUUCUUUUCUUCUUGGAGAAGUUGCAAUACAUUGAAGGAAAAUGGUGCCACACCUUUGUCUUGGUUAACAGAUAUUUUCAGAUUUUAAUGAAACGUAAACUGAACUUCUCUUU